AUGAACAACGGGAAUAAUCGCGCUGGCGCGAGUGGAGGUGGCGGAAUGCCUAAUAUUCCAAACCAAUCCCCUGCAAAUCAGGCUCAGGCUGUGAGAGAACGGUUGGUCAAUUUACAACCUCAGCAGCUGAAUGCUCUUAUUCAGCAGUAUCAACAAGCAAUGCAAGGUGUGAUCCAAGCCGGACCGCAGUCGCAAGAGGGCCAAGAACACUUUUUACGCGCUCAGAGGAUCAAACAAGUGUUACAACAGUAUCAGGGUCAGAUGCAGGCUCAAGCUCAGCAGCGUGGUCAAAGACCUCCUGUAGCCAACCAAGCUCAAACAGCAGCUCACGCCCAAGCACAAGCUAUGAAUGCUCGUGCUCAACAACAAGCUAUGAAUGCUGCUGCUGCUAAUGGAGCCAUUCCUCAGAACCAACAGGCCAUGGCCCAGCUACAACAACAACAACUUCUCCUUCAACAACAACAACAACAACAACAACAACAGCAGCAGCAACAACAGCAACAACAGCAGCAGCAACAGCAGCAACAACAACAGCAGCAGCAGCAGCAGCAACAACAACAGGCAGCGGUAGCAGCAGCGGCAGCAGCGAAUCCAAAUGCUAACCAUGCUAGGUUGGCUUCACAACAACAGCAACAACAACAGCAACAACAACAGCAACAACAACAACAGCAACAGCAGCAACAACAACAGCAACAGCGUCAACGACAGUUUCAAAGUAUGACCCCUCAACAACAGUUUGCAUACCGAACUAGUCAAUUAGAGCAAUUUAGAAACACACAGAGAACUCUUCAAGAGCAGCUUGACCGGUUAGAACGGGCUUUACGAGAGCAGCCUAAUCUUGAUGAAGAAAUGAAGGCCAAAAUUCGUCAACAAGAACAGUCACUUCGUGACCGAAAAGACAGUUACAAGAGUCUGGAAUUGCAAGUAAUGCAACAGAUUCGGGUCGCUGCUGGACAACAACAGCUCCAACAGCAACAGCAACAACAACAACAGCAGCAACAACAACAAAAUCCAGGAGCUCAAGCCCAAGUUCAAGCUCAACAAUCACAAGCACAAACUCCAGCAGCUCAGGCACAGUUUCAGCAACAACAACAACAACAAGCAGCAGCUGCUGCUGUUAGACAGUCGCCAGCACUUCAAAACCAGCUUCCACAGGGUUCACCAAUUGGAGUUCCUAUUUCGUCGCCUAUGAAUGCAGCAUCCACUCCAAUUCAAAGACCCGGUAGUGUAGCUAGUAAUUCAUCUGCAGGAAGGCCCAUUUCUCCAGCUGUAGGUGCUGGUGCUGGAGGUCCUGGUACACCUGGAGCUCCAGGAACCCCAUCAGUUAACAUGGCAAGAAUGGCUAAUGGUUUAGCACCAUCGACUCGAGUAGCUAUGCAACUCAGUGCAAAUAAUAUUCCCGGAGGAACUCCUCCAACAGGGCCGUCUGCUCGACCUAAUCCACCUAACCAUCUAGCGGCCAGUCAAGCCAUGUCCUCACCCACUCGUGCCAGUGUUCCUUCUUUGCCAAUUCCUCAGAACCUGACUGUCAAACAACCAGUUCCUGUUACUAUGAAGCCAGGAAGACCUUCAUUAUCAGGAGGAAAUGCCAUUCCUGCUGCUGCAUUGACCACUCCAGCACUUACCAAACCACCUCAAUUUGAAGUAACUGGAGAUCGAGUGUUGUCGAAACGUAAACUUAGCGAGCUUGUUAGCAGUGUUGUUGGCGACGAUAAAGAAGCCAUGAUCGAUGGCGAUGUUGAAGAACUGCUGUUGGACCUUGCUGACGAGUUUGUGACGAGCGUGACGUCGUUCGCAUGCCGACUGGCCAAACACCGCAAGUCCGACACCCUGGAAGUCAAAGACUUGCAAUUGCACCUCGAACGCAACUGGAACAUCCGCAUCCCAGGCUACUCGGCCGACGAAAUCCGCUCUGUCCGCAAAAUUGCUCCCACCCAGAGCUACAUCCAAAAAAUCGCCGGUGUCAACAUGAGCCGUUCUGUCGGCGGCAAAGGAAUCUAA